CACAGAGCAGCGUUUAGAAACUGGCGCACAGUCGGUUAAAAUCUUCCGCUCAGUCCGUGACAGCAGCUGGAGCGCAGGUUGUUAGCUAGAAAACGCGAUUCCCCUUUACAUCAUGGCUGAUAUUUGUGUUAAAUAAACAAAAUAAUUGUAUUAGCUUUAUGGAAUCUACUGAUCCCUCCUUCAUGAUACAGUAGCUUUACAGCGUGGAGGAAAACAAUCAUUUCUUUUGAGAAGCUGCAGAUCAUAUUACACAGGAAUAAAUGGCAACCAGUGCUAAGAGACCAUCCCUGCAGGGUCCAGUGCCCCCUCCUCGCAAGAAGACAACUCCCAAGCCAGAGCUGACAGAGGAGCAGAAGCAGGAGAUCAGGGAGGCUUUUGAGCUCUUUGACACUGAUGGAUCUGGACACAUCGAUGUGAAAGAGCUCAAGGUUGCUAUGAGAGCUCUGGGAUUCGAACCCAAGAAGGAGGAGAUCAAGAAGAUGAUCGCAGAGGUGGACAAGGAUGGAACAGGGAAGAUCUCCUUCGCUGACUUUCUGGCAGUCAUGACACAGAAAAUGGCUGAGAAAGACUCCAAAGAGGAGAUUCUUAAAGCUUUCCGGCUAUUUGACGACGAUGAAACAGGCAAGAUCUCCUUCAAGAACCUGAAAAGAGUGGCUAAAGAGCUCGGGGAAAACCUGACGGAUGACGAGCUGCAGGAGAUGAUAGACGAAGCGGACAGGGACGGGGACGGAGAAGUGAACGAGCAGGAGUUUCUGCGCAUCAUGAAGAAAACCUGCCUGUACUAAAGGCAGAGCACGGCGUCUGGGUUGGUGACGUAGUGCCAAACGGGGCCCGAACUUUGCUUUGUGUGUAAUGCUGCUCGUACACUCAUGUAGGAAAUGUUGUUGUGUCGUGCCAUAAUUUUCACCUAAAACGUAUCAAAACACAUCAGAAUUAAACAUGUAUUGGACGUGAAGAGUACUGCUGCAAAGUCAAAUAUUGUUCAUAUUUGAUUUACAGCCGUAUAAAAACUCAACAUGCUGCAGAUUUGUAUUAGAAAUAAAGUUAUGUUAAUGACAAAUUCAGGUGUAAUCAUAAGGAAAAUUUCAGUGCCUGCUAAAAGAGUGACAACCAGUACAUUCCAGUGCUUCACUUGUUAGAAGAGUUUAUGCAUCAAGUUCUACUGGGCUCUUUGUUUUUGCCCUUGUUUGUAGAACUAACCUUGGAGAACCAGGGAAUGCUGUCUGAUCCCUGCACUCCUUCUGGAUUUGUGCCUGCGCCUGAAGGUGCAACCAUCACAAUCAGGGAAGAUGCUCCACAAAUCCACUCACCCUCCUCACUGAUCCCUCCAUCCCCAAAGCUUUGAAUAUUGUAUGUUUUCUAUAUAUAUAAAUAUAUUUAUUCUCCCGCUGUGCACAUUUGCUCCUCUGAAUCGUUGAGUACUUUGUAUCGUGUGAGCCAAAGCAUAAAAAAAGGUAGCAGAGUAGUGUUUAAAGAAAUUAUUAAAUAUAAUGAAGCAG